AUAAAGUAACUUAAACACUUCAAUUUUUUUUUUUAGUAUACGUAAAGUUAUUCGAUAUAAAUUAGAGCAAAUUCGAUACAAAACAAAGUUUAUAAGCCUCAAUUAUUCUGGUUGUUUAACUUAAUUCAUAUAUCUAAUACAAAAUAUGUCCUAACUUCAUUUUAAUACCCGUCGUUUUUGCUCAUAACGUAACUUAAACACUUCAAUUUUUUUUAGUGUACGUAAAGUUAUUCGAUACAGAUUGAAUUAUAUCUAAAUUUAUCGCAUCUGAAUUUACAAAUCUGAUCUUUUCUGUGAUUUUCAGGGGAUAAGUGAGAAUAGUCAUCUUAUGCCGCAUGUAAUAUGAAUACUCAUUUGAGAUUUAAAAAUUCCAAAGCAAAUAUUGUUUAAUCGAAUUCGCGUUUCUUCAUAUUUAUCAGUUCAAUCGCAACUCUAUUACUCAAACAAUCUGUUCCUUUUUUUCUCUCAUCCCAUUUAACGACUUUUUGCUCUAAGUGAAACUAAUCCAAGCGUUAAAACCCGGUCGCAGCUCAAUCGAACGAACGUAUAAAACCAUUAUCGCCAUCACGUAUAGGUUAACCAUGCCCAUGCUCAUCAGCGAGGUGAAAAACAAUGUGUAUAGAUAUUAGUUUCUCGAUGAAGCAACUAACACUUUACAAUCACCAAUUAGAUAGGUCUAGGAUUAGACUUCCUGAUUUUGCACUUUUAAGACUGAAACAAAAAAAAUGGCUAACGUGCUACGAAUCAACGUUUCGACAAAGCAAAUAAUUGUUGGUAGGAAAGGUCGAAAAAAUCUAUGAUCUUGACCUUCUCCCAUAGAUGACCAGUGACCAUGAAAACAUAUAACUGUGUUUGUGGGGGUGUGACGAGCAUAUCGCUUCGCAAUCAAGACGCGUGCAUGGAUACGUUUAGAGAUGUCUUUUUAAGAUCGUUCGGCAUUAAAUGAUAUCGGAGUUAAGUGUUUUUGCCCUGCCUUUUCAUAUCUUAAGUGAACUCACUGACCUUUUUCGUUGUUUUCAUGCUAUUAUUAUAGCGUCAGAAGUCGCCAAAUGGCGACGAAUUUUGAAAGAAUUGUUAAUUUCGUGAGUCUGUGAAGGAAGCUAGUGUUAAAAGUUUCACAUUUAUGCGACGAAGAGGAAAAUGUAGGAUGCUCUCUUCAUUCGAACUAAAAUAUUCUCUCCUCUCUCGUGUGCACAGUGAUUUAGUCAUCAAGCUAUGACCAUCAUUUGUGUUAUCUUUCUCCCGUAAAUAAGGCUCAGAAUAAAAUCUGCUCUUUCUGAAAAAAGAAACUGAUUAAUUGAAAGGGUCAGUAUUUGGUCAUUCACUGCGUCCUACGUCACCGGAAGAUGAAGAUCGAAACGGAAGUCCACAAUUCUUUGUAUUCGUUUACUUCCUCAGAGGGGAAGUGCGGGGGAUGCUCCGUGAACGGCGGAGAGCUGCCGCCUAUUGCGCAGGACGGAUCGAUCGGCCGCCCCGAACGGCAGCUGACACCGCCGGGAUGCUACGGUGGGUGUGGUCCAAGCUCCUCCGCCGCCGAAAACAACAAUAACAGCCCCACUUUUACAACAUCGAAAUCUGACUUUGAGUGCGAACACUUUCAGUAUAUUGACGAGGACGUGAGCGACGAAGACGAGGAUGUGCCGACGAUUGAAACGUCGGCGGGGCAAAAACCAUCAUCAUCGAUAUCAGCAGAGUCCGCCGCCCCGGCGACUGAUUCAACUACUGUCCCGAACGGGACGGCCACCGCACCGGGAAGCCAUCUUAAUAACAAAUCCCCCUCCAGCGACCAUCCGGUGGAGGUGAACGGACACACCAUGCCGCGUGACGAUACCAAGUCGGAGGCGGCACACCACCACCACAAGGGGCACUCCGUAAAACGGCAGGUAAGCUUUGAAGAAUCUGCCACUCAUGAAUCAGCCAAAGAAAUAAAAUCUGUCCUGAAAAAAGGCAACAGAUUGGGAAAGCGACAAAAAAAUCGUGUGACAUUUGACGAGGCAGUGACUUUAUACUCGGAUGAAUGCGAAGAGGUCCAACAUUUAGCUCUGACAACAGGACCUGACAUUGUUUACACUGAAGUGUUUUACAUGUUCGAACCUCCUAUCGAAUACCAAGAUGUGCCACCAUUCGAACCGCCCGCUGAGUAUAGAGAUUCUGAAGAAGCGCCUGUUGCAAAGCCAGAUCCACCUGUGGAAAACGGGCCAAAGCCAGAAAAUAACAGCGAUACCCCUGUGGAGAGUGUCGUCAGUGAAGAGAGUUCCGAAAAAAAUUCAGUGCCUGCUCCAGAAGUCGCCGUUUCGAAUGAAACGGAAAAUACUGACAGUGUAGUGAUAACUGAAGAGCCCCCUUCUGAUUCAGUGCUUAAAGAAUCUAGUACAAAUGAAAGCGAAAAACUAUUUCAGAGAUUCUCCGAAGCUGAGAGAGAAUUUGCUGUAGAUGAAGAGCUCAACAGCGUGUUUCAUGAGCUAAACAGUGAGUUUGGAACGGACUGCUCCAAUGGUGAUCUUAGUAAUGAUUAUUUUAGAUCACUCAUCACUUGUUUAACUGCAGCCGAGUGUGGUAUACCAGUAAGUGAAUGUGAUCUUUUUCCAUCUGUUAACUUUGAACUUGAUAGUAUGUGUCGCGAAAUUAGUGAUAAUGAUGGUAGUAAAACCCAUUCUCGCACUCUUUCCGAAGCUGAUAGUGACUGUAGCAUAUCUUCUCAAGAUACUAUUAUAGUUAGAUACGGUGAAGAAGAAAGUGAACCAGGAUCUGAUACUACAACUAAAGGUGAAGAUGCAAUAAUUCAAGAUUCAUCUGAAGUUGAAAAAAUCGAUACUGUGAUUAAACAGGAAGAGAGAGACGAAGUUUUCAAUGACACGUCACUUGAUCAUUUGUGUGAAGACGAAAAACCACGACCAUUGCCACGUGAAUCGUUACUUAACAAAAGUUCUCAUGCACCACCAACAGCCUUGGUUAAAUUAGUAGAUGAAGUGAAUGGGGAGAGUUUGUCUCGUCAAAGUUCUGGUGAACAGUCGGUGAAUAGUGGUACUUCUCAAGAUCCGCCACCAGAUGCUGAUGACUCAACGUCCUCUGAUUCGCGCAGUGGGGAAGUGGAAGAAGAAAUUCGUUUGGAUGACAUUGGUUAUGACGAAGAAGAUGCUGAGGACUAUGAUGAGGAAAGUUUCCGCGGAAUGGCUCAUGGAAAUUCCAAAAUUAGACGAAUUAUUAAAAAGAAUGCUUUACAAUGCACACUUUUCAGAGGAAUUGAAGCAAAGAGACGUCAACAGCCUGGAAUUAAAUAUCCACGUCCUAAAUCCCCUCUUUUAUCUCAAGAAUCUCUGGUAGAAAAGCUUAAGUGGCUGACAACCAUCGAUGAACAGAAAGAUAUCGAUGGACCUAUGAACUUUCAUUCAAAACCACCUGAUGUUAUAUUGUCAACAGGUGGUAUACCAGCAAAUGGCUCAAUACCCCAUAGUGCUUCAUCGGAGGAUGAUAUUGUUAAUCAAACUGCCUUGUCUUACCAGCAACCUCAGUUUUAUCAUAGAGUAAUCAUGCCAUCUAACAGUAAAGGUGGCUAUUAUGUUCGCCAUGAUGGUUAUCCUCCUACUCAUCAUCCAUCUUUACCUCGGCAACGAGUAUCCUGUUCUGGACACAGCCCACAAUCCAUGUCCCAUACAUUACCUUAUCCUCCUAACCGUAUGGUAAUACAACAUCCACCUAAUUCUCAAGUGCAGUGGUCUGAGCAGCGAAAUAAUGGCUCCAUGACAGUUCCUAGGAAUUUUAGAGAUUGGAGGGUCAUACAGAGAGUCAUGGUAAAUAGAAAUAAUGAUGGCCAUUCUAGGAACUCUCAUGUACCAGCUGACUAUGUGCGAUGUUCAAAUGGUAGUGCCUCCAGUGGUGGUUACUCUUGCAACGUGCCUCCGGAUGUUAGCAGAACUUCUCAACCGCCUCUAAAUUUUAACCCCGAUGAACUAGCUCAAUUUGUCGAAAAGGAUACUGCUCGUCUCGAGAGGAUACGAAAACGAUAUAGUGUUGCUGAAGAAGAUGAGGAUCCAACUUUUGGAUUCGCUCGCAGACCAUCUGUCAGAGGUGUUCAGAGUCGAAUCCAACUUAACCCGUCCGACAUUCAAGGUCAUGGUAUAAAUCCUAUGGAUCCAUACAAACAUUUUGAAGAGUCAGGACAGGGACUUUCUUUAGUGCAUCCCAGAUCUGCUUCUUAUAACGAUGACCAGUUAAGGUCUUGGAGCAGAGAUCCUAACUGGAGGCCGGAAAAUGGACCUGGUCAACAUUACGGCCAACCCAUGCCACCUGGUAGGUCACAGGCGCCUAUGCACAUCCAUAGGGCAUCUGUGGCCUUGACAGAGCUUCCUGGUAGUGCAACAAUUCCUUACACUCAUCGAAAACCGCACCUAGACACGAGGUAUCAUUCUUACGCAGAGAGUAUGUAUGGUAGCACCAGGACACUACCCACAAAAGGAUGGCAAUCCGCAGAUCACAGGUCGUGUAUGAACGUCCCCAACCCAAAUUCUAGUGUUUCAUCUCCAAUGCUUCAAGUUCCUCUUCAUCCUGUUGCAAAGGAUGAAAGAGGUGUGCCAGAAGGUGCUAGUUCGUCGCCAAAAGUCUCUUCUGAUUCUUUAUACCAUGCUCCUGUGCCUGAAUCCAUCGCCAGCGGAGGACCGCAUAAAGAUGAAGGUGUCAUAUACUAUUCUCUCAAUGUGUGACACAACUGUAGAAAUUGUUUUAUAUGUGGAUGGCGGUCUUCCGACACGACUGUAAGCUGAAAUCUGUGAGCGUGUUGUGACAGCAUUUAUCAAAUUUUAUUCUGAUACAAAGAAAUAUAUAAACGUUUGGUUUAAAUCACUUAACUAAUGAUACAUGGCAAAAUAAAGUCUUCCGGAAAAUAAGUACGAAACAGCGGAAUUGUUUCUCCUGCUUUAAAAAUCAGGUAUUUAGAACAUUUAUUUUUAAACUGAAAAAAGAAUCUUAUCAUAUCUUUUUAUCUUUUUGAGCACAAAAAAAAUAUCUAAUCCCAAAGUAAAUCUAAUAUUUUUUUUUUCGUUUAAAACACCGUAGCUGAAAUAAUGGGCAGAGAUUUUGAGUUAAAUUUAUUAUGAGCAGGAAUUUCUAAUGUAUUUUGAAUUUAUAUUCGUAACUUAACUUUGCUUUUAUAUAAUAUUUCUAUAAGUAUUUUUUAUUGGGGGGGGGGAUAUUCCAAUUUAAUAUUUCCUUAAUUUAAUUUCUUCUUCAUUAUUAAAAUUUUAAAAAAAAAUCCAUGAUAACAGUAUUAUGUAGUUACAAUAAAAUAAUUGUUUAACCAAAAUGGACAUCAAAACAAAUAUUGAAUACAUAUAAAACAUUAACCACAUUUGUUAUUAUUUUAUCUUUAAAAUUAUGUUAAAAAAUUUUUAAAAAUCAUUUUAUAUCAUAUUAUUUUUUAGUUACAUUUUUAUUUGAAAAAAAAACGAGUUUUUUUUAUCAUAAUAAAUAUUUUUGACUACAUACUUCUUUUCAUUAGGCUUUAAGUAUUUAACUAUGCGAAAGCCGAUUUAGUUGGAAAUUUAGUCUCAGAAAUAUAUAAUGCUACAUUGAGUAACAUUCUAUGCAAAACUUUCGAGUUUUUUCAAAUAUCUACAUAACAACUAAGGUAAUGAUUUUUAUCAUAAUUUGUCAUAUUUUACAAAAUCUGUAUAUAGUAUGUGUUUUGAAUUUUUGAUGAUACAUGUACAUUAUAUUUGGUGCUUUUGAGAAAUGAAAAGCACUUACUUAAAGAAACUUUCUCUUCAACUCUAUAUUGCUUUUAUAAAUUAAAAUUAUAGUAUUAUUUCAUUUAAAUAAGUAUUUUAAUAGCUUUCUAUUUAUCAUAUUGUUAUAGUGAGUAAUACGUAAAAUUUGACUGUAAUAACAUUUAUUUUAUGGUGAGUAAAUGAGUAUAUUAUUCAUGUAAUGCGCUUAAAAAACAUGAUUUAUCAUUGCGAAAUAUGAAACAUUAGGUUAAAUAGUGCCUGUAUAAAUUAUAUUGCUUCUUUAUUUAAUUUCUGUAUAUUUUGCAAUUUUCAGGGAUUUAUUCUUACUGUCAAAUAAUCUAUAUAUAUAUCUAGUAAAAAUUUGUUUUACUCUCUCUUAAAAUUUUAUCUAACUCUGCAUUUAAUUACUAUUUGUUUUAAUUAAAAUGUUUAUCUUGUUGGACUAAAACAAUGAGACAAUCACUAUUUCAUUUUGUCUUACGAAAAAUAUUAAAAUAACAUUUGAAUCGAAUUUAAAUUUGAAAUUAAAAAUUAUUAUUAAAGUGUUAUAGUAAAAACUAGAAAGUAACUUUAAUAAUUUUUGACUUGAAAUUUAUUGUAUAAGACAAUUUUUUUUUUAAUAUUUGUAUGAUAAUAAUAUAAGAUGUUUUAUAGUGCUUAUGAAAUUAUUUUGAAAAUUUAACUACUUAGAUGUAAAAAGGAAACAAUUUUCUCAUUGAGUUAAAAUUCUUCAAAUUAAUAACAGAAAGUGUUAGAAACUAUAAGUAACAAAUUUAUUAUCAAAUUUAAAAAAAAGGAUUUAAAUUCAUCAUAUAAUGUACA